ACAUUAUCUUUCAAAAUAAACCCGAAACAUCCUCAUCUAAAGGACUAAAAUAGCAAGUUGUGGUUGAACUCGUAUCCUUUUUUGUAGUUCCUGCGCGUAGAUUCUGCAUCUGUAACUGACCUACUUUAUUCUGCGUUACAUAACUACAAAUACUAUGUUACAGUAGCUACUUUCACCUCAUUAACCCUACAAUAAUCUCCACACCUUCAAAAAUGGCGGCUUCCCUUUCUAUCCAACCUUAUUCCCCUUCUUUUUCUUCUAAUUCCAACUCUUUUGGUUUUUCAUCUGGGGUUUAUCCAGUGAGGAUUGGGUUUGAUUCCCCAAUUUUGAGGGGUAAAAAUCGAUCCUUUGAAGUUUAUUGUACUGGGGGUGAGAAAUCCAUGGAUGUCAAGACUGCUGCUUUAGCAGAUACUGUUGCAGAAUGUUUCAAUGAAAUUGAGGUUAAGGAGCCAAGUGUUGCAACAAUGUUAAUGAAUUUUGAUAGCAGUUUUGAUCCAUAUGGUUCAAUGAGCACACCUUUGUACCAAACUGCCACUUUUAAACAGCCAACAGCGACAGAAAUGGGUCCUUAUGAUUAUACAAGGAGUGGAAAUCCUACUCGUAAUGUCUUAGAGAGGCUCCUGGCACAGCUAGAUAAGGCCGAUGGAGCAUUUUGCUUCACUAGUGGAAUGGCUGCACUUGCUGCUGUCACUCGCCUUGUUGGAACUGGUCAAGAAAUUGUUGCUGGAAAUGAUAUAUAUGGUGGAUCUGAUCGAUUACUAUCGCAGGUUGUUCCUAAGACGGGAGUUGUGGUGAAACGAAUUGACCUAUGCAAUUUAGAUGAAGUUGCUGCAGCAAUUGGACCCUGGACAAAGCUUGUCUGGCUAGAGAGUCCUACUAAUCCUCGACUACAGAUAUGCGAUAUUCGUAAAAUUGCGGAAUUAGCUCAUGCACAAGGUGCUCUCGUACUGGUGGAUAACAGCAUCAUGUCUCCAGUUUUAUCCCAACCAUUGGAACUUGGUGCAGAUAUUGUGAUGCAUUCCGCCACUAAAUUUUUAGCGGGGCACAGUGACAUUAUGGCCGGUGUUCUUGCCGUGAAAGGGGAAAGUUUGGCAAAAGAAUUGUAUUUCAUACAAAAUGCCGAAGGCUCAGGAUUGGCUCCAUUUGACUGUUGGGUUUGUUUACGAGGUAUCAAAACCAUGGCCCUCCGUGUUGAAAAACAGCAGGAGAAUGCUCAGAAGAUUGCCGAAUAUCUUGCCUCGCACCCACGAGUAAAAAAGGUUAACUAUGCUGGACUUCCUGAUCAUCCCGGACGGGCUUUGCAUUACUCGCAGGCCAAAGGCGCAGGAUCUGUGCUUAGUUUUCUAACUGGUUCAAUUGCGCUCUCGAAACAUAUUGUUGAGACGACCAAGUACUUCAGCAUUACCGUUAGUUUUGGGAGUGUGAAGUCACUUAUAAGCAUGCCUUGCUUCAUGUCACAUGCUGCCAUACCAGCUGCGGAUCGUGAAGCUCGCGGUUUGACUGAAGAUCUUGUUCGGAUUUCAGUUGGUAUCGAAGAUGUAAAUGAUCUAAUAGCCGAUUUGGAUCAUGCCCUUAAGACCGGACCUAUGUAACAAGUGUAUUUUGCGUAUUUGUAAACUCUCAAUUAUUGCACAAUUUUUUUAAUUAGUGAUUUAAGUAAUAAAAUUUUUGAAUUAAUCUA